AACCGCCUCCCCACUUCCUGUUUUCGGCUCUUCCGCGACAUCUUUGUUGUAGUGUUUCGAUCAGGUCGCCAGGCACGAGUUCAAGGAAACUAGGAGGACCGUGAACUUUGUGCCACGUCAAGACCGUGGGUGACAGCGGCUCAGGUGAGCCAUGCUGGCCCUGUAGCGUCCAACGCCUCAUCUGCGGACUGUCUUAAAAUCCGGAGCGAAACGAAAACGAAACAAACAGCUGGCGCUUUGGAAGCGGCACCUUAGUAGCGUUAGACGUCGUAGUGCAGCACAGUAACGCGAUACAAUGGAGAAUAAGUACAACCUGAAGAGUCCAGCCGUCAAGAGACUGAUGAAAGAGGCAGCGGAGCUCCGCGAACCGACGGAGCACUACCACGCUCAGCCGCUGGAGGAUAACCUGUUUGAGUGGCACUUCUCUGUGCGAGGGCCACCGGACUCCGAGUUUGACGGGGGCGUGUACCAUGGCCGCAUCGUGCUGCCCCCGGAGUACCCCAUGAAGCCGCCCAGCAUCAUCCUGCUCACGCCCAAUGGCAGAUUUGAAGUUGGGAAGAAGAUCUGUUUGAGCAUAUCCGGCCACCACCCCGAGACCUGGCAGCCGUCCUGGAGCAUAAGGACCGCUCUAAUCGCCAUAAUCGGAUUCAUGCCAACUAAAGGGGAAGGAGCUAUAGGGUCCCUGGAUUAUACACCAGAGGAACGGAGAGCUCUCGCCAAAAAGUCGCAGGAUUUCUGCUGCGAGGCGUGUGGAUGCACGAUGCGAACAGCCCUGCUCUCACUUACCUCCAACAGCAAUCCCAGCCUGGGGGACCAGCAGGCCACUGAGCUGGCCAGGCAGAUCAAUUUUAAGGCGGAGUCCAGCACGUCCAGUAAACCCAGUGCGAGCCAGGCGGCGGCCAGUGAGACCCCAGAAGCCUCUGCCAGUGAAGAGUGGGAAGUCUCAGCCGCAGCAGCAUCGACAGAGCAGGUGGAUGCCCACCAGAGCGAAGAGGCAGCUCCGGGCAGUCGGCCUCUGAGCCCCCGGCAGCGGCGUGCAGCGCAACAGCAGAGCCAGCAGCCCCAGCCGGCACGCCGGCCUGCCUUCCCCUUUCCCGCUGCCACACGCCCCCCCCAGGAGGCGGGCCACGCCGGUUCCGCCGUCCUCAUCGUGGUGCUGACCCUCGCUCUGGCCGCGCUUAUCUUCCGCAGGGUCUACCUGGCCAACGAGUACAAGUUUGACUAUGAGCUGUGAUGACGGCUGGUGGUCGAUGCGACCGGCCCCCUCUCCUGUAGGGCAAAGACCUCUGGGCUCCACCAUCUAGCAGCAGACCCUAGAACCUGUAGGCCCCCCACCCCACUAUGAAAGCCAGCCGCCCGCGUUCGAACAGCGUGCUGAACCGUGUCCAUCCGCGGCGGCCCUGGAGGAUGGGGCUCAGGAAGUCCAGUACUGGCCGCUUGGUUUUUAAUUUCUUCGGUUUUUGCAUGUACUUUUAGAGUACUGUGUUUAUAAAGAUCCAGUACCCAGUACCACAUGCACCCGCUUUGCUUCUGAACCAUAUCAGCCCUGUGCUUACAAUGUAUAGUCAUAACGGGAAGAACCUGAGUGAAGCUUAACCUGUAAACGAUUAGGAAACAUUGUAAUGAAACGCUUUGCUUUGUAUUACCUUUUAUAGCAUCUUUUGUCUUUUCAUGUCUUAUUUACUGUUGUGACCCAUAUUUUAAAGUUCCUGGUGCUUUAAGUGACGGUGAGAUGGUGCAGAAGCCUGUUUAUUCUAUGUGACUCAAAUUUAUUAAGCUGAAGUAAACCGGAUAGUCAAGUACUGUAUGAUAUUACUAUAAAUCCGGACUGUUAACAGCGUCCCAGGACUCCGUGGCUCGGAAGAAUUUGUAGGGAUUCAUUCACUGUAGUUACCGCGGGCAGUAUUGUAAUUCUGCUGCUGUGUGGGCGUUCCGACAAAAGGGAGAUGGGAACGGUAUUUAAAACGGCAUAAAGGGAAAUCUUCGGACCAGUAGAAAUGGCAUUGGUUUGAGUUCUGAUUUACUAAAUUAUUGGCAUUGUCAUUAUUUGCCCACGAUUCAUAUCUGCGUAGUGCUACACCUGUCCCUGCAGCAUACAACUUCGCCUGGACAUGCAGAAUAAAUUCUUCAUAUACACAGUGA